AACGCUGGAGACCUGCAGGGACAGGAAGCGGUGGGGGGUACUAGGGACACAGACUGGGGACACCGUUAGUACACACACACACACACACACACACACACACACACACACACACACUGUACUUAUCUAUGUAAGUUGAUUGACUGGCUAUAAUCAUAAGAGAAAGGCAGGGCCAUGGGUUGAAAGCAGAGCAGGAAAAGGAUAUUUCCCCAAGACCCUGCUCUCCUGAGGGCUGCCCCUAAGGCUAGGAGGAGAAGGAGGCUGGGGAAACGAGACCUGCCAGUCACUGGUGAAGCCAGGGCUGGUUUCUGUACUGACUCUCUCAAUGAGACAUCUGUACAAGGCAGGGGCUCCAGAGCGGUGAGGGGUAGCAUGAGGAUCAACCCUUCAACAUCCUUCCCUCCUCACCCCUGCGUCCCAUCUCUACUUUUGGUGAUCAAAUCCCACAGGAAGGGGCUACUCUUCUUUAUGGUCUAGGGGUUGUGGGGAGAACUUGCGGGGGGACUGGAAUCUGACAUGGGGCGCUUAAGUUUAAUGCUGUGAUUUCCAGGGGCUGACGUGUGCCUGGGGAUUCCCCAGGCUGAGCUCCAGGCCUGAUGGAGAAUCAGGUUGGGAGGACAGGAAUGGGACAGUGAAAAUGGCAUUUCCCUCUAGAGACUGCCUGCUGCCUGAUGCCAACCCUGGCUCAGAUGCUUCCGGUCACUGGCCUUGGUUUCCUCAUUUGUGUAGCAAAGGAGGGUGUGUGGCUUGCCAGCUCGGGGCUUCCUGUGAGCAGAACCUGCUUGCUACAUAAUUUGUGGGGCCCAGUGUGAAUGAAAAUGUAGUCCCCUUAAAACAACAACAACAACAAAAAACCGAUUAGGACUCUCAAGACAGCAGCCGUAGAGUCAUCUGGAGACAGUUUCUGUCUGGCCAUGGCCCUACUAUGCCUGGGCCAGGACCCCUGGAGUCUCCUGGGAGUUUUCUUCUUCAGACUGCUCCUGCUGCUGUCACUAGGACCUGCUGCGGGCACUGGUGGCCAGGGGCCCAUGCCCAGAGUCAAAUACCAUUCAGGAGAUGGGCACAGGGCCCUCAGCUUCUUCCACCAAAAAGGCCUCCAAGACUUUGACGCGCUGCUCCUGAGUGCCGAUGGCGACACUCUGUAUGUGGGGGCUCGAGAGGCCAUCCUGGCCUUGAAUAUCCAGAACCCAGGAAUCCCCAGGCUGAGGAACAUGAUACCCUGGCCAGCCAGUGAGAGGAAAAAGAGCGAAUGCACCUUGAAGAAGAAGAGCAACGAGACGCAGUGUUUCAACUUCAUCCGUGUCCUGGUCUCCUUCAACGCCACCCACCUCUACACCUGUGGGACCUUUGCCUUCAGCCCUGCAUGUGCCUUUCUUGAACUCGAAGAUUCCUCCCUGCUGCCCAUCUUAAAGGACAAGAUCAUGGAUGGGAAGGGCCAAAGCCCCUUUGACCCUGUUCACAAACACACAGCUGUCUUGGUCGAUGGGAUGCUCUAUUCUGGCACCAUGAACAACUUCCUGGGCAGCGAGCCCAUCCUGAUGCGCACGCUGGGAUCCCAGCCUGUUCUCAAGACUGAUGUCUUCCUACGCUGGCUGCACCCGGAUGCCUCCUUCGUGGCAGCCAUUCCAUCUACACAGGUCGUCUAUUUUUUCUUCGAGGAGACAGCCAGCGAAUUUGAGUUCUUUGAGGAGCUGUACACAUCCAGGGUGGCUCAAGUCUGCAAGAACGACGUGGGUGGGGAAAAGCUGCUGCAGAAGAAGUGGACCACCUUCCUGAAGGCCCAAUUGCUCUGCGCCCAGCCAGGUCAGCUGCCAUUCAACAUCAUCCGCCACGCAGUCCUGCUGCCCGCCGAUUCUCCCUCAGAUUCCCGCAUCUAUGCAGUCUUUACCUCCCAGUGGCAGGUCGGUGAGACCAGGAGCUCAGCGGUCUGUGCCUUCUCCCUUGCGGACAUUGAGCGAGUCUUUAAAGGAAAGUUCAAGGAGCUGAACAAGGAAACUUCCCGAUGGACCACUUACAGGGGCCCGGAGGCCAACCCGAGGCCAGGCAGCUGCUCCAUGGGCCCGUCCUCCGACAAAGCCUUGACCUUCAUGAAGGACCAUUUUCUGAUGGACGAGCACGUUGUAGGAAGGCCCCUGCUGGUGAAGUCUGGUGUGGAGUACACACAGCUUGCAGUGGAAUCGGCUCAGGGUCUUGAUGGAAGCAGCCAUGUGGUCAUGUACCUGGGCACAUCCACGGGGUCCUUGCACAAGGCUGUGGUACCUGAGAGCAGCAGUGCUUACCUUGUGGAGGAGAUCCAGCUGAGCCCUGAGCCUGAGCCUGUCCGAAACCUGCAGCUGGCCCCCACCCAAGGUGCAGUGUUCGCAGGCUUCUCAGGAGGCGUCUGGAGAGUUCCCCGGGCCAACUGCAAUGUCUAUAAGAGUUGUGUGGAAUGUGUCCUUGCCAGGGACCCCCACUGUGCCUGGGACCUUGAGUCAAGAACCUGCAGCCUUCUGUCUGGCUCCAGCUCCACCCUGAAUUCCUGGAAGCAGGACAUGGAGCGAGGCAACCCAGAAUGGGCAUGCACCCGCGGUCCCAUGGCCAGGAGCCCCCGGCGCCAGAGCCCCCCUCAACUUAUUAAAGAAGUCCUGGCAGUGCCCAACUCCAUCCUGGAGCUGCCCUGCCCCCAGCUGUCAGCACUGGCGGCUUACCACUGGAGUCACGGCAGGGCCACCGUCCCAGAAGCCUCCUCGACUGUCUACAAUGGCUCCCUCCUGCUGCUGCCUCAGGAUGGUGUUGGGGGCCUGUACCAGUGUGUGGCCACUGAGAACGGCUACUCAUACCCUGUGGUCUCCUACUGGGUGGACAGCCAAGACCAGCCCCUGGCCCUGGAUCCUGAGCUCGCCGGUGUUCCCCGGGAACGAGUGCAAGUCCCGCUGACCAGGGUCGGGGGUGGAGUUUCCCUGGCUGCUCAGCGGUCCUACUGGCCCCAUUUUCUCAUUGUCACUGUCCUUCUGGCCAUCGUGCUCUUAGGAACACUCACUCUCCUCCUUGCCUCCCCGCUGGGAGCACUCCGGGCUAGGGGCAAGGUUCAGGGCUGUGGGACACUACCCCCCAGGGAAAAGGCCCCGUUGAGCAGGGAACAGCAUCUCCAGCCCUCCAAGGACUACAGGACCUCUGGCAGUGAUGUCGAUGCUGACAACAACCAUCUAGGCACUGAAGUGGCUUAAUCCAGGGGCACAGAUGGGAGCUGAGCAGAGCAAGCCCCUGGCCAUGCUGCCUGGGUCCGGUACAGUGCGCUGUGGUUAGGGUGGGAGGCUCUCCUGUUACUGUGUAUCACCUACAGCACCCAGGAGAGCCUCACAGCACUCAGGAGGGCCUCCCCUAUGGGACUCUUUUCCGUAAGCACAUGGCCUGUCUCCACACCUGCAUCUGUGCUGGGACAGGAAGAGCCAGACAGGAUUCUUCAGUUUUGGUCAACCAACCCCAAGAGCUCCAGGAGACCCUGAAAGGUGUGGCUGUCCAGGAUUCUGUGCUGACAGACCCGAGCAUCUGAGCAAGCUGGAGGCUGUUCCUGCAACGCCAUCCUGGAAGAUGCCACUCUGGAAGCAGCUGCUGUUUUGAGCACCACCACCCCCCAUUGUCCUAGGGUCUCCAAGAUUGUACUUCCCUUACCAAUCAUGCCCUACUGUUUGGGAAGUCUUUUCUGAAGUUUGACCACCUUCCUCCUUGCUUCAGUUUGGACUGGUUGUUAUGUCUCUGGCCUGGCUAGAAUGACAGGCAUAAUCUGAGCCUUGUUCACUUGUCUAGUGUGGCUGACCCCUUGAAUUCUUCCUUCCUCGUCCCUGUGUUUUGACUCAGAAAACUGCUUGUCACAGACGAUUUAUUUUUUAUUAAAAAAGAUAUAAGCUUUAAACAAA